UUGAAGAGAGUAAUCAUCAUCAUCAUCAUCAUCAUCAUCAUCAACUUUAUUUAUCACAAUACUCAAAAUAUAUAUCAAGCAUUGAAUGCUUUAAAGAGCUAAAAUAAAUAUAUCAUGAAUCAGGAUCAAAAAUGGCAAAAAGAUACGGUGGAUCAAAAUUUCGAUUAUAUGUUCAAAAUUUUGAUCAUAGGCAAUAGCAGUGUUGGAAAAACAUCAUUCCUAUUCCGUUAUGCUGAUGAUUCAUUUACAUCGGCAUUUGUUAGUACGGUCGGUAUUGAUUUCAAAGUAAAAACCGUAUUUCGCCAGGAUAAACGUGUUAAAUUACAAAUUUGGGAUACAGCCGGACAGGAACGUUAUCGUACGAUAACUACUGCCUAUUAUCGUGGUGCAAUGGGAUUCAUAUUAAUGUAUGAUGUAACCAAUGAAGAAUCAUUCAAUUCCGUACAGGAUUGGGUGACCCAAAUAAAAACAUAUUCUUGGGAUAAUGCACAAGUGAUAUUGGUGGGCAAUAAAUGCGACAUGGAAGAUGAACGUGUCGUUUCAUAUGAACGUGGUAAACAAUUAGCCGAUCAAUUAGGAUUAGAAUUUUUUGAAACAUCAGCCAAAGAAAAUAUUAAUGUUAAGGCCGUAUUUGAACGUUUAGUGGAUAUUAUAUGCGAUAAAAUGAGCGAAAGUUUGGAUUCCGAUCCAAAUGUAAUGAAUGCAUCAAAAGGAACACGAUUGGCCGAAAAUCCUAUGCCACAGAAUCAGAAUUGUAAUUGUUAAGAAUUUGAAAAUUUAACCAAAAAAACAAAAAACAAAACAAAAUAUCAACCACAAAUAAUUAUCGUCCAUCAUCA